GGGUGACAGGUCAGGGAAGGCUGCCCCUCAGCCCUGUCCUUUCAUCUCAAGCCACAAGCCCUCCUCCCCACUCGGAUCCCAGCCGGGCUCCGAGUGCUGAGGGGUCUGCUAUCACGUGUGGCGGGGCAGCCAGGGCGGCCAGAGCGGCCACGGCCACGGGUCUGCAGGGACAGGUGCAGGGGUGCAUGGGAGGACUCCAGUGGUCCCAACGCGGGAAGAGGGGCUUGGUGCCUGGGUGACCGCAGCGAGGGUGAGGCUCCGUGACAGACACUAGGAUUCUGGGGCUCCUUAGCAGUGCCCUCUUGGAUACCCAGACACCCUGGGUCCGCCCACCAGGACCAGGCCACCGCCCUCCCCCACAGCUCAGCCAGCACAUAGUGUCCAGAGGAGUCUGGCCGGCUGAGUCACCGUCAGGAUGACAGGGCUGGCACGUGCUGCCCCUGGCCCUGGUCCUCAGCUCCGGUGGCCGGGGUUCUCGGGACCAGCUCCCUGUGUACAAGGGAGGAGGCCGCUGGGGACGGUGAAUCCUGUGCAGAUCCCUGACAGGCAACUGGCCCCCGUGGCCUGGGGCUGCUUCCUUGCAGGCUCGGCCCCGCCCCUCUCUGGGGUGAAGGCCCCAGUGUCUCCUGGGAGCUCAGACUCAGGGACCCUAGUGACCCAGUGACCCUGAGCCUGUGGGUGGAGGAAUGUGUGGUCUGGAGUGUGUGGCCUCUGCCCGGUCUCGGGCCCAGCUGGUGGCCCCAAGGGCCCCAUGGAGGAGCUGGUAGGGCUGCGUGAGGGCUCCUCGGGGAGCCCCGUGACUCUGCAGGAGCUGUGGGGCCCGUGUCCCCGCAUUCGCCGCGGCAUCCGAGGAGGCCUGGAGUGGCUGAAGCAGAAGCUGUUCCGCGUGGGCGAGGACUGGUACUUCCUGAUGACCCUCGGGGUGCUCAUGGCCCUGAUCAGCUACGCCAUGAACUUCGCCAUCGCGCGAGUGGUCCGAGCGCACAAGUGGCUGUACCGGGAGAUCGGGGACAGCCACCUGCUCCGGUACCUCUCCUGGACCGUGUACCCAGUGGCCCUCCUCUCCUUCUCCUCCGGCUUCUCCCAGAGCAUCACGCCCUUCUCUGGCGGUUCUGGAAUCCCAGAGCUGAAGACCAUCUUGUCGGGGGUGGUCCUGGAGGACUACCUGGACAUCAAGAACUUCGGGGCCAAGGUGGUGGGCCUCUCCUGCACCCUGGCCACCGGCAGCACCAUCUUCCUGGGCAAAGUGGGUCCCUUCGUGCACCUGAGUGUGAUGAUUGCCGCCUACCUGGGACGCGUGCGCACCAGGACCAUCGGGGAGCCCCAGAACAAGAGCAAGCAAAACGAAAUGCUGGUGGCGGCAGCGGCAGUGGGCGUGGCCACCGUCUUCGCAGCCCCCUUCAGCGGCGUCCUGUUCAGCAUCGAGGUCAUGUCCUCCCACUUCUCCGUCUGGGAUUACUGGAGGGGCUUCUUCGCCGCCACCUGCGGGGCCUUCAUGUUCCGGCUGCUGGCCGUCUUCAACAGCGAGCAGGAGACCAUCACCUCCCUCUACAAGACCAGCUUCCGCGUGGACGUGCCCUUUGACCUGCCAGAGAUCUUCUUUUUUGUGGCACUGGGGGCCAUCUGCGGCAUCCUGAGCUGCGCCUACCUCUUCUGCCAGCGGACUUUCCUAGGCUUCGUCAAGACCAACCGGUUCACCUCCAAACUGCUGGCCACCAGCAAGCCUCUGUACUCGGCCCUGGCCGCCCUGGUCCUGGCCUCCACCACCUACCCGCCUGGCGUGGGCCGCUUCCUGGCUUCCAGGCUGUCCAUGAGCGAGCUAUUGGACUCCCUGUUCGACAACAGCUCCUGGGCACUGAUGGGCCGGAACUCGUCCCCUCCCUGGCCCACGGAGCUCGACCCCCAGAACCUGUGGUUCGAAUGGUACCACCCGCGCUUCACCAUCUUCGGGACCCUCGCCUUCUUCCUCGUCAUGAAGUUCUGGAUGCUGAUCCUGGCCACCACCAUCCCCAUCCCCGCUGGCUACUUCUUGCCCAUAUUUGUUUAUGGAGCUGCCAUCGGCCGCCUCUUGGGGGAGGCGCUCUCCGUGGCCUUCCCCGAGGGCAUCGUGUCUGGAGGAGUGGUCAACCCCAUCAUGCCCGGGGGCUAUGCUCUGGCAGGGGCCGCGGCCUUCUCGGGGGCGGUGACUCACACCAUCUCCACGGCACUGCUGGCCUUCGAGCUGACGGGUCAGAUCGUGCACGCGCUGCCCGUGCUGAUGGCGGUGCUGGCGGCCAACGCCAUCGCCCAGAGCUGCCAGCCGUCCUUCUACGACGGCACCAUCAUUGUCAAGAAGCUGCCCUUCCUGCCGUGGAUUCGGGGCCGCAAAAUCGGCUCCCACCCCGUGAUCGUGGAGCACUUCAUGACCUGCUCUCUCACCACGCUGGCCAAGGACACGCCGCUCGAGGAGGUGGUCAAGGUCGUGACCUCCACAGACGUGGCCGAGUACCCCCUGGUAGAGAGCACAGAGUCUCAGAUCCUGGUGGGCAUCGUGCCGAGGGCCCCGCUGGUGCAGGCCCUCCAGACCGACCCCCCAUCCUGGGCUCCAGGACAACAGCGGUGUCUCCAGGACAUCUUGGCUGGGGGCUGCCCCAUGGAACCAGUGACCCUGCAGCUGUCCCCAGAGACCUCCCUGCACCAGACGCACAACCUCUUUGAGCUGUUGAACCUUCAGUCCCUCUUCGUGACGUCACGGGGCAGAGCUGUGGGCUUCGUGUCCUGGGUGGAGUUGAAGAAAGCGAUUUCCAACCUGACAAAUCCACCUGCCCCGAAGUGA